GGCAUUGCAACACACACACAGCCACAGUAAGGGGAAGCUCACUUCACCAGUCCAGAUCCUCUCUCAUGAACAUCUGCUUUUCACAUUUUGGAGGAGGAAAUACCAUUAGGAUUAAAUCCUGACCUUCUGCUUAAACUCCACCCGUUUAAACUGUAUGCUAGACUCCUGUUAGUCUUCACCAGUCAUUGAGAGAUUUGACCCUCCCCAAGGAAAUGGAUCUCCAUCUAUAGCAUCCACAGUGCCAUAGACCAUGGCUGAGCCACCACCCCCACCUCCACCACCCCCACCACCCCCACCUCCUCCUCCUCCCCCACCCCCAGCACUGCCCAUCGGGGGGAGGCAGAUCUCUCGUGGAUCCAGAGCAGGUUCCAAGAUGAAGAACUUCAACUGGGAGGCCAUACCUCAGGACACGGUGCUGGGCAAACACAACAUCUGGACAGCAGAGAAGAAGAGGGAGUAUAAGCUUGACACGCAGCGCAUGGAGGAACUGUUCAGCCGCAAUGACCAGCGCGAUGGUCACAUUCAGGCAUCCAAACGGAGAAGUGUAAGAGGCAUGCCCAGCAAUGCCCAAGGACCUGAAAUGGUGUCCAUUCUUGGCUCCAAGAAAAACAUGAACAUCAGCAUUUUCCUCAAGCAGUUCAAACGGUCAGUAAAGGACCUCAUUGAGGACAUCCACAGUGGAAAGAGUGAAAGAUUUGGUUCUGGGAAGCUGCAGGAGCUUUUGAAACUACUGCCCGAGUCUGAAGAGGUGAAGCAGCUUCGAGCUUUUAAAGGUGACUGUUCUGUGCUUUCUGAGGCCGAUCAGUUCAUGGUGCAACUUGUAAACCUCCCAUGCUAUGAGGAACACCUGAAAUGUUUAGUUCUCAAAGAGGAAUUUCCCCAUUUUAUGGAUGAGGUGAAUCAUUCCAUUACCACUAUGACCGCUGCUGGGAAAGAGCUGUUGGAUUGUGUUGACCUUCAUUCCGUCAUCCGGCUCGUCCUGAAGACUGGGAACUACAUGAAUGCUGGUGGUUACGCUGGCAGCGCUGUGGGCUUCCGCAUGACCUCUCUGCUGAAACUUGUUGACACGAAAGCCAACAAACCAGGAAUGAACCUCAUGCACUACGUUGUGAUGCAAGCUCAGAAGACUGACGCUGCUCUGCUGAAGUUUCCAGAACAACUCACACACACUGUAGAUGCCGCAAGAAUGCAUAAAAAGGAAAUUGAAUCCGACUUCAAAAGAAAAGUGAAUGAAGUCCAGGAGGUGAAGAAGGGCAGUGAAAAACAAGCAGACUUGGCCAAACAGAUGAAAGACUUUUUUGAGUAUGCUGAGUCUAGGAUCACUGAAACGCAGACAAUCUUCCAGACACUGAACAAAGUCACUGAGUCUGUGGCUGAAUAUUUUUGUGAGGAGCCGAGUGAGUUUAAACUGGAUGAGUGCUGCUCCAUCUUCCAUUCCUUCUGUGAAAGAUUCACCCGAGCCCUUCAGGAGAACAUGGAGCGUGAGAUGGCUGAAGUUAAACGGAAACAGAAGCAGCGCCUGGAAUCUGCUGCCAAACGUCGCUCCACAGCCACCUGCUCAUCACGGGACAGAGGCAUGGAGGGUAUAGCACUGGAGUCAGUUCUCCAACGGUUCUUGCAUGACCCCCAGUCUCGCAGGAGAGUAAGAACCCCCUCGCCAAUCAGUACCAACCAAACUGAGAACCUAUUACAAAAAAAACGGCCCAACAGCGACUCCAAAAAGCAGAGCCAGUCUCUGAACAGGUCCCCGUCCUCCUUCGGUAAGGAGAACAUUGAUGAUAAAAAGCCAGAGAAGAAAACUGGGCUGUUGAGAAAAUCUGGUGAGUGUGCAUCAGUGGCAAGUGAGGAUGAGGACGUUCCAUCUGAGAAAGAGGUGCAGAAAUUGAGGGAAGUGUCCCAAAGGGUGCUGCGCUACCAGUCUAGCCAUGGGAGUGUGUCUUCUGAGGACUAUAUUUCCCCAGUCACUUCUCCACAUCGAUGCAUGUUUCAGGAGGAUCGAGAAAAACUGAUGUCUGUUACAAAUGAAGAGGAUGCAACCAAACCCCUUAAAAAUCCAGUGCUUUUGAUUACAAAAACCUCUGGUGGUAUUUGCCGUCGACACACAAUCUGUCUUCCUCAGGCAGAUGCGAGCAAAAGUGACAUCGACGAGGAGCAGUUUGUUCCCACUGAGCUGGAAAAUGAAAGCCCUGGAAAUAAGAUUGUGUCUCUUGGGAAUAUUGGUAAGAUCAAAUCAGUGGACAGCUACAUGCGAGCUACAGAUGAUGGCCUAGGCAAUAAAGUGCCAUCCAGCACUCCAACAGACAAAUCGGAGAAAGCAGUCAAAGCAGAAGUACGGCAAGAGACUGACCAGAGCUUAUCCAGUUCUCAGCAAAAUCCUCCAGUCAAUGGACAGAUCAGUCACACCAGGAGGGACUCUCGAUUGAUAUCCUUUUUUAAACGUUUGGGUGAAAAGAGUAAAAUGAAUGCUAAAGAACCUGACUCUAGUAGUGUAGACCCCUAACAGACAUUGGGUCAGGUACACUGUCAGAAAUAGGGGUACAGUAGGAGUCCAUUUCUGUCUCCCAAGGUACAAUCUACACUAAGGGAAUCGACACUCAUCUUCGACUCAUUCAGUCUCAUGCUGGCUGAAUAGAACAUAUCUGAUAUCCCACUCAACAUCAGCCAAUAUUAUUUAAAUAUGUCACUCAGAUCUGUGAUGCAUUUCGUAAAAAAAAAUGCAAGUUUUUCAAUGAGAAGAUAAAUUUCAUAUCUUGAA